UCUAGGAUUUGUUCCUUCACCUCCUCUCUCUCCCUCUCUCCCCUCGCGCACGGCAAGGAGAGAGCUCGCCAAACCCCUGUUUCCACGACACCCCGCGUCUCUUUGCGCGUUCGCUCCCUCGCUUCACCCCGCAAGUCGAGGCCUUCCGCUAGCUCUCGCUCGCUCCCCUGACCGGCUGCCUUUCCCCGGCCCUGAGACCGGAGGCGACCGCGCCCCGCGCCACGGAUCUGCGGCUGCGACGAUCCGUGUGACAGAGGGUAGGAAUUUCGUUUGUCGUUUAUGAAUCCCGAGGGCUCUGCUUGCUAAAGGGAGGGCAAGGCAAGUUGGAAUCCGAGAUGAGGGGGAGAAAUGACGCAGGGCAGAGCAAGAGGCCCAUUGUGCUGUGCUGCAUGAUGAUUGUGUGCCUAUGCCUUCUCUUCCUAUAUUUCUCGGGCUCCAACGGGCAGGCUAAGAGCACUGCGUUUGAGUAUGGAACCAAAUUCUCGCGUACACUUGGAUGGGGCAGUGAUGACGGUGAGGAUGGCUCUGAAGAAUCCAUUUUUGGGACUGGGGAUGCAGAUGAUAUUAAGCCCAAGAGCUUCCCUGUGUGUGAUGACCGGCACUCUGAGCUGAUCCCCUGCUUGGAUAGGAACUUGAUAUAUCAAAUGAGGCUGAAGCUGGAUUUAAACCUGAUGGAGCACUAUGAGAGGCAUUGCCCUCCUCCUGAAAGGCGCUUUAAUUGCUUGAUUCCUCCACCACAUGUCUAUAAGGUUCCUAUAAAAUGGCCGAAGAGUCGUGAUGUAGUGUGGAAAGCAAAUAUUCCACACACUCACCUUGCAAAAGAGAAGUCAGACCAGAACUGGAUGGUUGAAGCAGGUGAAAAGAUCAAGUUUCCAGGUGGUGGAACCCAUUUUCAUCAUGGAGCUGACAAAUAUAUAUCAAAUAUUGCAAAUAUGCUAAAUUUCAAAGAUAACAAUAUAAACAAUGAGGGAAUGCUUCGUACAGUUCUUGAUGUUGGUUGUGGAGUUGCUAGUUUUGGAGGAUACCUUCUUUCUUCUAAUGUGAUAGCAAUGUCUUUGGCACCAAAUGAUGUGCAUCAGAACCAGAUUCAAUUUGCACUUGAAAGGGGUAUCCCUGCAUAUCUUGGUGUUUUGGGAACAAAAAGGCUUCCGUACCCAAGUAGAUCGUUUGAAUUAGCCCAUUGUUCACGCUGUAGGAUUGAUUGGCUUCAAAGAGAUGGGAUUCUUCUGCUUGAAUUAGACAGAUUGCUCAGGCCUGGAGGUUAUUUUGCUUACUCCUCUCCUGAAGCAUAUGCACAAGACGAGGAGGAUCUCCGAAUCUGGAAAGAAAUGAGUGCUCUUGUGGAAAGGAUGUGCUGGAAAAUCGCAGAGAAAAGAAACCAGACUGUAAUUUGGGUCAAGCCUCUGAACAAUGAUUGUUACAGAAGACGAGCUUUUGGAACGAAGCCACCUCUAUGCAAAACUGGUGAUGAUCCAGAUUCAGUGUGGGGAGUGCCAAUGGAAGCUUGCAUUACUCCGUAUCCAGAACAAAUGCACAGAGAUGGAGGAACUGGGCUGGCUCCCUGGCCUGCUCGAUUAACAACCCCGCCUCCCCGUCUUGCUGAUUUGUAUGUUACUGCUGACACAUUUGAAAAGGAUACGGAAAUGUGGCAGCAAAGAGUAGAAAAUUAUUGGAGUUUGUUAGGCCCAAAGGUGAAACCAGACACUAUUAGAAACAUUAUGGACAUGAAAGCAAACUUUGGGUCAUUUGCUGCCGCACUCAAGGAUAAAGAUGUAUGGGUGAUGAAUGUUGUGCCACAUGAUGGACCAAGCACCCUGAAGAUAAUCUACGAUAGAGGACUGAUAGGCAGCAAUCACGACUGGUGUGAAGCCUUCUCUACCUAUCCUCGAACAUAUGAUCUUCUCCACGCAUGGACAGUCUUCUCCGACCUCGACAAAAGAGGUUGCAGUGCGGAAGACCUGCUCCUUGAAAUGGACCGUAUCCUCAGGCCGACUGGGUUUAUCAUCGUGAGGGACAAGAGCAUUGUCAUUGAGUUCAUCAAGAAGUAUCUCCAUGCACUUCACUGGGAAGCAAUAACUGCUGUAGAUGCUGAACCCAGCCCAGAAUCAGAGAAUGAAAUGAUCUUGAUAAUCCGGAAGAAGUUGUGGCUACCAGAAGCAAGCUCGCAGGAUUCCACCACGUAAUCCUUUUCGUUCGACUCCCUUUUGCGCUCCCAGCAUCUGCAGCCCAGAAGCCGAGAAGCGAGGCUCAGCUGCACCGACCAAGAUGAUUCUACACCAUCGCUCCUGAGAUAGGGUCCGGUUCUUGAUUUCUAGUCCUACCACCCACGUGAAGAUAGAUUGUUUAUCAGGAUAUGGCAAAUAUGUAGCAGGCUUGGGCUAAGAACAAAAAAAAAAGCCUAUUUUUGUCUGAACGUAUACUGCAAAAAUGUCUGUUCUCUAGUCUGAUUAGGAAAUAAACAUUCUUUUUUGUUUAAUUCUUGAGCUUCAUUUAGGUAUCUUAAGUCCAUUUAUUGAAAUCUUCUGUAGUAUCCCAAACAGAUUUGGUGUUUACUGUAAGGAACUUCGACUGUACACACAUUUUGGGUUAUGAGCUUUGCCCAGGUGCCUCAAGGCUGCUGGUAACCAAAC